UGUCUUCAUCGUCGUAGCGAUAACGGUGUCCGCACGUAGUGGAGUUUCCCCCCAGUAUAGAAUUCCAAUUCAAGCCCACAGUCACUCUCAGUCUGUUCCACAUGUACCUAUGCAAUAUCGCUACAACUAUGCAGUCCCGGUGAAUUACGACUUCAAUUAUGUCAUAAGAGAUGACUUUGCUGGCAGCAGCUUCGGUCACAAGGAGAGCAGGGAUGAACAUAGAACUCUUGGCUCUUACCAUGUUAAUCUCCCUGACGGUCGAGUACAAACUGUCACCUAUUACGUCAUUGGGGACUCUGGAUUCCAGGCUGAGGUCAGCUAUAAUGGGAAGGCCAUUCAUCCACCUCACCACCCCACUUCUUUUUUCCGGCAAGACACUUUUCAGGAUCAUCAGUUCUUAGGCCAAGCACGCUAUGCCGCCCACUCUGAACAUACAGCUUCAUCUGCUCAUAGAACCAAAUCAAGCCAACUCAAUCAAUCAGGCAGUCAGUAUAACGGUAAUACCAAAUUUCGACCCAUCUCCAUACCUGGACAAAACAAUCACUCAGGUCUAAACACGAAUCCUGGACCAGUUCCUAUUCCAGGAUUAAGCAGGCAAUCCACACAUGGCACAAAGUCUGGAUUCUCUCCCACAUCUGGGUUAGGGAGUCAGUCUGGCCAUAGCACUAAGUCCACACACACAACCAUUUCUCGACAAGGCAGCAAGUCUAGUCACAUUGCCAAGUCUGAUUUUACUUCUGUUUCUGGACAAGGUAGUCAAUUAGGCCAAGACAAGUCUGGGGUCACCUCGACUUUGAGCUUAGGUGACAAGUCAAGCCACAUUUCUAUUUCUGGCCACAAUACCAACACUGGUUUUUCCUCUGUUUCUAGACAAAGCAGCCAGUCUGGUCACAGCAUCAAGUCUCUUUCUAGACAAGACAGUAGUCUAAGUCACACCACAAAGUCUGGACUAAGCAGCCAAUCAGGCCAAACCUCCAUUGUCGGACAAAGUAGCCAGUCUGCUCAGGAAACUAAUUUUGGAAUCAUUUCAAAUUCUGAACAAGCCAUCCUGUCUAGAAGGCAAUCCAAACACAAUGCUACUCCAAGACCUGUCUCCAUUUCUGGACUAGGUAGCCACUUAGACCAAAGCACUAAGGCAGAACUUGCAUUAAUUUCUGAACAAGGCAGCCAAUCUGGUCACAAGACCAAGUCUGGACUCACCUCUAUUUCAGGACUCGGAACAACAUCUGGAGUCUCCAUUCCUGGAUUAGGCACCCAGUCUGGCCUUACUACAACAUCUGGAUUCACCUCAACUUCUGGACAAGGCAGCCAGUCUGGCCAUAGCACCAAAUCUGGACACAUUUCCAUUUCUGGACAAGUCAGCCAGUCUGGCCAUGGCACCAAAUCUGGACACAUUUCCAUUUCUGGACAAAACAGCCAGUCUGGCCAUGGCACCAAAUCUGGACUCGCCUCCAUUUCAGGACUAGGAACUACAUCUGGAAUCUCCAUUCCUGGACUAGGCACCCAGUCUGGCCUUACUACAACAUCUGGAUUCACCUCAACUUCUGGACAAGGCAGCCAGUCUGGCCAUAGCACCAAAUCUGGACACAUUUCCAUUUCUGGACAAGGCAGCCAGUCUGGCCAUGGCACCAAAUCUGGACACAUUUCCAUUUCUGGACAAAACAGCCAGUCUGGCCAUGGCACCAUAUCUGGACUCGCCUCCAUUUCAGGACUAGGAACUACAUCUGGAAUCUCCAUUCCUGGACUAGGCACCCAGCCUGGCCUUACUACAUCUGGAUUCCCCUCAACAUCUAGACCAGGCAGCCAGUCUGGCCAUGACACCAAAUCUGGACUCAUCUCCAUUUCUGGACAAGGCAGCCAGUCUGGCCAUAGCACCAAAUCUGGACACAUUUCCAUUUCUGGACAAAACAGCCAGUCUGACCAUAGCACCAAAUCUGGACUCGCCUCCAUUUCAGGACUAGGAACUACAUCUGGAAUCUCCAUUCCUGGACUAGGCACCCAGCCUGGCCUUACUACAACAUCUGGAUUCACCUCAACUUCUAGACAAGGCAGCCAGUCUGGCCAUGGCACCAAAUCUGGACGCAUUUCCAUUUCUGGACAAAACAGCCAGGCUGGCCAUGGCACCAAAUCUGGACUCGCCUCCAUUUCAGGACUAGGAACUACAUCUGGAAUCUCCAUUCCUGGACUAGGCACCCAGCCUGGCCUUACUACAACAUCUGGAUUCCCCUCAACAUCUAGACCAGGCAGCCAGUCUGGCCAUGACACCAAAUCUGGACUCAUCUCCAUUUCUGGACAAGGCAGCCAGUCUGGCCAUAGCACCAAAUCUGGACUCGCCUCCAUUUCAGGACUAGGAACUACAUCUGGAAUCUCCAUUCCUGGACUUGGCACCCAGCUGGGCUUUACUACAACAUCUGGAUUCACCUCAACUUCUAGACAAGGAAGCCAGUCUGGCCAUAGCACCAAAUCUGGACUCGCCUCCAUUUCAGGACUAGGAGCUGUGUCUGGAAUCUCCAUUCCUGGACUAGGCACCCAGCCUGGCCUUACUACCACAUCUGGACUCGCCUCAACAUCUAAACAAGGCAGCCAGUCUGGCCAUGGCACUACAUCUAGACAUAUUGCCAUAUCUGGACAAAGCACCAGAUCUGGACUAGGCACUACCACGAUUGGAGUCCCCACACCUGAAUUAGGCAGCAAGUCUAGCCAUAGCGCCAAAUCUGGACACAUCUCCAUUUCAGGACAAGGUAGCCAGUCUGGCCAUAGCGCCAAAUCAGGACACAUCUCCAUUUCAGGACAAAGUAGUCAUUCUGGCCAUAGCACCAAAUCUGGACAAAUCUCAAUUUCUGGACACGGCAGUCAGUCUGGCCAUAGCAUCAAAUCUGGACAUGUCUCCCUUUCUGGACAAGGCAGUCAGUCUGGCCAUAGCACCAAAUCUGGACACAUCAUUUCUAGACCACACAGCCUGCCUGGCCAUAGCAUUAAGGCUGGACACAUUUCUGGAGCAGGCAACCAGUCUGGCCAUCGCAUUGGGUCUGGACUCGCCUCCAUUUCAGGACAAGGCACUACCACAUCUGGAGUCUCCAUUCCUGGAUUAGGCACCCAGUCUGGCCUUAUUACCACAUCUGGACUAACCUCAACCUCUAGACAAGGCAGCCAGUCUGAAUAUAGCACCAAAUCUAGCCAUAUCUCCAUUUCUGGACAAGGAAGCCAGUCUGGCCAUAGCACCAGUUCUAGACUUACCACCAUUUCUGAAAAAGGCAGUAAUGCUGGCCAUAACAUCAAACCUGUAUUUAUCUCCAUUUCAGGACAAGGCAGCCAGUCUGGCCGUAGCACCAAAUCUGGACACAUUUCCAUUUCUGGACAAGGCAACCAGUCUGGCCAUAGCACCAAAUCUGGACACAUUUCCAUUUCUGGACAAGGCAACCAGUCUGGCCAAAGCAUUAAAUCUGGCCACAUCUCCAUUUCUGGACAAGGAAGCCAAUCUGGCCAUAGCACCAAUUCUAGGCUUACCACCAUUUCUGGACAAGACAGCAAUGCUGGCCAUAACAUCAAAAAUAAAUUUAUUUCCAUUUCUGGACAAGACAGCCAGUCUGGCCAUAGCAUCAAAUCUGGACACAUUUCCAAUUCUGGACAAGGCAGUCAGUCUGGCCACAUCUCCAUUUCUGGACAAGGCAGCCAGUCUGGUCAUAGCAUCAAAUCUGGCCACAUCUCCAUUUCUGGACAAGGCAGCCAGUCUGGCCUCAACACCAAGUCUGGACUUACCUCCAUCCUAGAAGAAGGCAGUAAUACUGGCCAUAACAUCAAGCCUGUGUUCAUUUCAGUUUCUGGACAAGGCAGCCAGUCUGGCCAUAACAUUAAAUCUGGGCUUACCUCCAUUUUAGAUCAAGGCAAUAAUGCUGAUCGUAACACUAAGCCUGUGUAUAUCUCCAUUUCAGGACAAGGCAGCCAGUCUGGCCAUAGCACCAAGUCUGGACACAUCUCCAUUUCUGGACAUGGCAGCCAGUCUGGCCAUGAUUUUAAGUCUGGACUUACCUCCAUCCUAGAGGAAGGCAGUAAUACUGGCCAUAACAUCAAGCCUGUAUUCAUUUCAGUUUCUGGACAAGGCAGCCAGUCUGGCCAUAACAUUAAAUCUGGGCUUACCUCCAUUUUGGGUCAAGGCAGUAAUGCUGAUCGUAACACCAAGCCUGUGUUCAUCUCCAUUUCAGGACAGGGCAGCCAGUCUGGCCAUAGCACCAAGUCUGGACACAUGCAUCAAGACAGGGCAGCCAGUCUGGCCAUAGCACCAAGUCUGGACACAUCUCCAUUUCUGGACAAGGCAGGCAGUCUGGCCAAAGCAUCAAGUCAGAACUUAUUUCAGAACAUGGCAGCCAGUCUGGCUUUAACACCAAGCCUGUAUUAUUAUCAAUUUCUGGACAAGGCAGCCAAUCUGGCCAUAGCACCAAGCAGGCAGUCUGGCCAAAAUAUUAAGUCUGGACUUACCUCCAUUUUAGAUCAAGGCAGUAAUGCUGAUCGUAACACCAAGCCUGUGUUCAUAUCCAUUUCAGGACAGGGCAACCAGUCUGGCCAUAGCACCAAGUCUGGACACAUCUCCAUAUCUGGACAAGGCAGCCAGUCUGGCCAUAGCACCAAGUCUGGACACAUCUCCAUUUCUGGACAAGAUAGGCAGUCUGGCCAUAACAUUAAAUCUGGGCUUACCUCCAUUUUAGGUCAAGGCAGUAAUGCUGAUCGUAACACCAAGCCUGUGUUUAUCUCCAUUUCAGGACAGGGCAGCCAGUCUGGCCAUAGAACCAAGUCUGGACUCACCUCCAUUUCAGGACAAGGUAAUAAUGCUGGCCAUAACACCAAGCCAAUAUUCAUUUCCAUUUCUGGACAAGGCAUCCAAUCAGGCCAGAGCAUCAAGUCUGGACUCACCUCCAUUUCAGGACAAGGCAGUAAUUCUGAUCAUAACACCAAGCCUGUAUUUAUCCCCAUUUCUGGCAGCCAAUCUGACCAUAGCAUCAAGUCUGGACUUAUUUCAAUUUCUGGACAAGGCAAACUUGGGAAAAGUUCUGGCCAAAACGGCAAGUCUAGGCUAAUCUCUAUUUCUGGACAAGGCAGCCAGUCUGAUCACGGAACAAAGGUUGGAUUUAUCUCCACUUCAGGAGUUGGUAACACCAAGUCUGGAAUUUCUAUUCCUGGAUUAGGCAGCCAGCCUGGUCACAGUAGUAAGACAGGUUCAAUCUCCAUUUCUGGACCAGAGAGCCUUAUCACAAAGUCUGGACUUGACAGACAGCCUAGUCAUGGUUCCAAAAUCAGAUUUAUUUCCAUUCCUGAAUUAGGCAGCCAACCUAAACUCACCAGUGAGUCUGACCAAGCUGAUGAGUCCAGUCCUAUCACAAAAUCGGGUAUCUUUGCCAUCUCUGGUCUCAAUAGUAAGCUUGAAUCAAAGUCCAAGACUGUGUCUGUUUCUGAUCUCCUUAGUCAGUCUGGCUUUACAACCAAGCCUAAAUUCAUUUCACUUACUGACCUUCUUAGCCAGGCUGGCCGUAAUUCCAAAUUUGGCCAUCUCUCUAUUUCUGGCCUUGUCACCCAAUCCAGUAGUGAUACCAAACACGGACAUAGCACACAAUCCAGCUCUGCUAAACAGUCCUCAGAGACAGAGUCUAGCCAUGUUAACCAGCCCGUUCAUUCUACAACACUUUCUAAAAUCCAGAGCAGCCAGAAGACAAAUUCUAAACAGAAUGUUCAUGACAUUGUCAUCAAACCAGGUAUUUUCCCUCAGAAGAACUCCGAACCAUCUGAUGUGAAGCAAGUUAUAUCCUCAGAUUCGGACAACCCUCCCAUACUUAUUAUCCAACCUGCUAGAAGUCAAACCCGUGGCCAGACCAUACAGACUAUAUCAGCUUCUCAUGUCACAGUCCAAAGUGAUGACCCUUCAUACAAUGUAAAGCCAAUCAUUCACACCAUUCCACGCCACACCCCAUCCUCCAUUAUAAAACUUACGCCAAAAAUUGUUAGUGACUCCUCCUCCUCCUUCAAGCUGGAUGGCCCGGAAGAUUGA